CAGCCAGUCUUGCCAAUCCACUGAGCACCCAAAGGGUUAAAGCAGAACUUAUCCAUGGCAGUUCUGGUGCUUUCUCCAGCCGAGCUCCUGUUGCCAUGUUGGGGGGAUUAAUCCUUAGCAGAGGGCCCCUCAAAAGCACUUCAUUCGACUCAGAAGCCAGAUGGAAAGGCUGAUAGGAGGCAGAGCUUGCGGUUGGCUGCUUCAAAAGUCAACGUUGUGUACUCCAGUAAAGUCAUUGGUUUCGUUCAUCAUUUUCUGUCUUCCAGGCUAUCCCUUAUUAUGAACCUGUUCCUGGUGGACUCCAUCCCGGGAUGGCGAUAUAUGUGAAUGGCAGAGUGCCUCAAAACAGCAACAGAUUCAGUGUGGACUUCACGUUUCCAAAGCAUGAGGGGGCCGAUCUUGCCUUCCACUUCAACCCCCGCUUCGAGUUGAAUGAACUUGUGAUCAACAUGCUUGAGUCUGGCAGGUGGGGAAAGGAGGAAAGAUACCAGAAUCCCUUCCAGAAGGGCAAGCAUUUUGAGGUCAUCUUCAUUGUCACUGAGGCCGGAUACCAGAUCUUUGUGAGCAGGAAGCUGUUGUACGUCUUCAGGCACAGAAUUCCACCACAAAGUGUGCGGUUUAUUCAGGUUGCUGGAGACCUGGAGCUGCAGUCCCUGAAUGUGAUAUCAGCACCAGUGAUAGAGAACUUGGUAAGUGUUUGCUAUUGACAAGUCGGCACCUCCUGAUCCUUGAUCUUUCUUUGGGAAUGGAUUCUGGGUUGGCUCAAUCCCCAUGCCGCAACUUUCUCUUUCUGCCCCCCAGUUGCUCUUCUCGUAUACCUUUCUUGACCCCGAAGAAUGGCUGCCCCACUGGGUCCUCAAUUGACAUGGCUACAUCAAUGCAUGCUAACAAAGAUAACCAUCCAAGGGUGAUACUGGGAUAAACAACUGCACAGGGAGAAAGUUUACUCGAGGUCAAGGUCUUGCUCUCCACCUUG